UAUUCAUACGGUGUUCUGUUAAUGAGUUUUUACGAUGCAGGUGAAACUAUCUCUACCGCCAUACAGGCUCCAUUGUUUCAUACAGCAGCAUUUUUACUGUUCGUGCCAUUAGCUCGUUCGGCUGCUCCACGAUGGGGUGCUCAUGUUCGCACGGUGCCAUUGCUGGGGGUUGCUUUGCUCUGUGCGGGUUUGGGGCUUAGUGCACUCUUGAGCGUCAGUCGCUCAGCGGCUUAUAUCGCUUGUUAUGGAUUGCUUGGGGGCGCCGGCGCCAGUGUUGUUGUUGCGCACGUCGAUUUCACAAUUAACCGGCUUUUUGCCGGAUAUCCAGGUCUAGUUCAAGGCUUGUGUCAUGCUGGUCAAGCUGCAGGCCAAUUUGCAAUGCCACACCUCACUUUAGCUGCCAUUCAAAGAUGCGGACAAAGAGGAACACAUGCUGUCUUGACAGGCAUAAUGAUGAAUAUGGUAGCAGCUAUACUAUUGAUGACACUCAAAGAUAACAAACGAGAACAAACUCAAAUUAAUGUGAAAAGUGAUUCUGAACCAGAAAAUACUUCGUUUCCUGCGAUUUCAAAUGCAUUUUCACCCGAGGAACAGUUUACUGAAAGAUGUUGGCGAUGUCCAUCGGAUGGAGCAAAUUUGCAACCACUGUCACCGCCUUUGAUUCGACGGUCCUCUUGUGGCUUUGAUAUUUUACAAAGUAUUCCAGAAGAAAGCGAAGCAAGUGAUUCUGAUGAUUACGACGACAUCAACGCUACCACGAUAAUACCGCUACAAAAUGGCCACAUAGGUGCCGGUGAAAAUGUGCAAUCAAUUAAGCAUCACGCAACUAUAUUAGAUCUGUCAGUUUUGUCCAGUGCUAAAACAGACAUCACAAUUAAAAAAAUUCUACCUAGAGUACGCUUUCCAAAAGCUGUGCAAGUUAAAAGCUCUCUCGACGUGUUUAGAAAAGUAGAAUUGUAUCCUUGUAUAUUGCUAUCAACAUGUGAACUGCUACUACCACUUUUACAUUCCACCUUGACACCACUUUAUGCCAGAACUGUCUUAAAUGACUUGACUGACUCCGAAGCAGUAUUCUUGAUGUCUUUGGCUUCAUUUUCAUGGCUGUGCUUAGUUUUUGGUGCACCAUGGCUAGCAGCAUGUAGACCUAUGAGAAUGAGAUUUCUUUUCGCAAUUGGGAUAUUCCUAAAAACUAUUGGUUUGACAGGAGUAAUGUUUGCCAAAACCCAUGACGUGAUGACAUUAUCCAGUGUCAUAUUUGGUAUAGGAAACGGCGGCACGACAGCUACCACUAGGCCCUUAAUCCGGCUAUGCAUAGGUGACUACAAUUUCAAUAAAUUCGAAGGAGCUAUAGAUACCAUGAGUGGGUUACUAAUCAUUGGUUUUGGCAUAUUCAUCAGCAUAUUUUUACAGGACAAGGCGCUAAUCAAAAAAUGUUUUAGUGUAUUAUGCGCUGCUGAAAUCGUUAGUAUGAUUUUCGUCGUGAUUUUGCCAUGUUUAGUGAAAGAAUGUGCUAAAUGCUGUCAUGCGAAUAAGAACCAAUGUGUCUAGUCUUAUCACGUCUUUACA